AUGGAUCUGCUCCAUCGUAAAAAGGAGGUAAUUCUCACAGCACCGACUGGCGCUGCAGCAGACAAUAUUGGCGGAAAUACCUACCACACGUCUUUAGGCAUAUCGAUCGAUCGCUCCCGAGCUACUUCAACCACAAGAUCUCGAAUAAAGAGACUGUGGGAGCGUAAAACGAUAAUGAUCGUCGACGAAGUAAGCAUGAUGGAUCUGACCAUGCUCAGCAUGAUUAACAAUCACUGUAAAAUGGCUAAGUCCCUGGACCGGAACUCCCCGGAAUUUUUUGGCGGUCUCCCCAUUGUCAUCUUCGUAGGUGACUUUUUCCAGUUUUCACCAGUUCGCGGGCCUGCACUUUGGAGGGUCCCUCGAUUGAACAAAGAUGAAGACAAAAUCGGCCAACUUCUCUGGCAUCAGUUCACGCAGGUAAUCAUCUUGGACGAGCAGAUGAGACAAACCGAAGACCUGUCUUUCCGAGACUUCUUGUUGCGUGCUCGCUCUAGCUCAUUGACGAGUAAUGACCUGUCCUUCUUGAACAGCAAAGCUAUCACUUCCUUAGCUGAUCCGCAACUGGAAGGUGCCAUGACCGUUGUCAAACGGAACUCCAUUCGACAUAUGGUGAAUCGAAUUCAAAUGGAAAAAUUUGCACGCUUGAGGAAUCAGAGAAUCUAUAUAUAUCCCGCGAUCCACACCCGCACGAAGUCCACAGGCCCAGGAAAUAUACGACUUCGCGCAGAUGACUACAAAGUCCAAGGAUCAACUCUCGCGUCUGCCAUUCUCGAUCUCAAAGACGAUCCGACCAUCCGGGGCCUCGAUCGUCACAGAAAGUUCUGCUCAACAUACGUCCAGCUAUCCAGGCUUCGGUCUUCCGAAGGCCUUCAUCUUCUGCAGAGGCUUGACAUGAAGGACCUACAAUUCGGACCCGAUCCGCGAUUGCUUAGUGAAAUCCAAAGGCUGCAGGAACUGGAGAAACAAACAAUGGCCGCCUGGGAGGGGGAUAAACGAAGGGAGGUUCAUAAUAAAUCCCAAGCAGAUGAGAGACCAGAAUGA